UGUCCCGUGCCUCCUGUACCCGAUGGAGCCGCUGGGGGCGGUGUUGAGCUCCUCUCCAUAAGACAACCACACUGACCAGAACUGUCGAGUUUCUCCUCCUUAACGGGGCACUAAGGAUGUGUUUGGUGUCGGGGUGUUUUCGGGAGGAAGAGUAAUUUCGUGUCCAGGUGUGUGUCCACACAGAGAGAAGCAGGCGCCACCGCCAACAUGUCCUCUCCAGAGAUCGCCUCGCUCUCCUGGGGCCACAUGGAGGUGAAGGGAUGCUCGUCCAGCUACAAGGACUGUAAGGUGUGGCCUGGAGGCAGCCGGGCCUGGGACUGGAGAGAGACUGGAACCGACCAUUACCCAGGAGUGCAACCCGCCGACCUGGAGGAGGUGCUGAAGAAGGGAGUCGACUUCCUGGUCAUCGGCAGAGGCAUGAGUGAGGCUCUGCAGGUUCCCCCCUCCACUCUGGACUUCGUGAAGCAGAAAGGUGUCGACGUCAGAGUCCUGCAGACACAGAAGGCCGUCGCUGAAUACAACAAACUGGCCUGCCAGGGCGCCAAAGUGGGAGGAGUUUUCCACUCCACCUGUUAACGACUUCAUGCUUGCCUCUGCUGACGCGAGACUGCAGCACGCAGUGUUUUUGUUCAGAGUGACUGUAGAACAUUUGAAGUGGGGAAGGCUUCAGAAGUCUAGAGAAGUCGAGUGAAGUCAGAGAGAAGAACUUCAGAAGGCCUCAGUGUUUCUGACUCCAGCUGCAUUUAGGAAGAUGAUCAGUCUGUGUGUUUUAAACAGGAAGGAAGUCAGUUUGCACAGCGAAAACCGUUCAGCUGUCGGGUAAACGGACAGAUGGGGUGUUGAUACGAGGUCACGAAUCCUCAUUCCUCAUGAGGGGAAAAUGAAUUCCUGCUUGUUUGCUACACGAAAUAAAAUCAGAAAAUGAA